GGCACCCUUUGGGGAAAGGCAAACGGCUGCAGGGAGCGCUCGGGACCUGCCUUCAGUGAACCAUGGGGCUCAGUGAUCAGGAAUGGCAGCAGGUCCUGACUAUCUGGGGAAAGGUGGAGUCCGACCUCGCUGGCCAUGGGCAUGCAGUUUUAAUGAGACUCUUCCAGGACCACCCUGAGACCUUGGAUCGCUUUGAGAAGUUCAAAGGGCUGAAGACCCCUGAUCAGAUGAAGGGCUCUGAAGAUCUGAAGAAACAUGGAGUUACCGUCCUUACUCAACUGGGCAAAAUCCUGAAGCAGAAGGGUAAUCAUGAGUCAGAGUUGAAGCCCCUGGCUCAAAGCCAUGCGACCAAGCACAAAAUCCCUGUCAAAUAUCUGGAGUUCAUUUCUGAAGUCAUUAUCAAGGUCAUUGCCGAAAAACACUCUGCAGACUUUGGGGCUGAUUCCCAGGCUGCAAUGAAGAAGGCCCUGGAGCUGUUCCGAAAUGAUAUGGCCAGCAAGUACAAGGAGUUUGGUUUCCAGGGUUAGCAGAUACACACAGAGGGACACCACAAUGGAGGCCUGGCCAUGCACCUUAGAGUAGCUUCCCCAGCACUGUUUUGGACAUCUCACAAUUGGCCAUCCAAGAUGUGUGGGAAAGCUUUGAUGAGAGGCCAAGAGUCACUCCAGGCAGUGUAGAGGCACUCAGAGUGAUAUCCGUGAUAAACCAUUGUUUCCUGGCUUCAUGUAUACAAGAGAAAUAAUCUGCUUUCUUAGGAAAAAUAAUGUAAGCGGUUAUCUGUGAGCUUCUGC